GAUGGUGUUUGUGUAAGGGAAAACGAAAGUCAACAGAUAAAUAAUAAAGGCAAAACCAGAGUAGAAAUAACCAAAUUAAUUAUUGACGGACAAAAAUUAGAAGGAGAACUUGACCUUUCAGAUUUUACUAAUUUAAAAGAAAUUGAAUGCAUUAAGAAUAACAUAAAUUGUUUAGAUAUUACAAGAGUAGAAAAGGGAUUCUAUAAUCGUUUCUAUGGUAGCUUAAAGCCAUUAGAGAACAUGGAAAAUUUGAAAGUGAUUACUAUCCAAAACACGGAUAUUGAUUGUGGUCUGGAAUGGCUGCCGAUAGGAGUAGAAAAGAUUUUGCUAAAACAAUUAGAAGAAAAUGAAAAACUUCCUAAAGAAAUAGAGAAUAUAGAAAAAUACAUAACUGAAAUUAAAAAGAAUAUUAAACUUUUAGAAACUAAUUCUCAGCAAGUAGUGAACACUUACAUUACUGUGGGCGAUAUUAAUGUUGGUAAUACUAUUGGUGGAAAAGCCAAUAUUACUAACCAAUAUGCUACUAAAAUUGAAGAAUUGGAAACUAGAAUAGAAAUAGUUCCUAAAUAA